UUCUUUAUAAGAUUAUUUUCGCAAAUAAAUACACAUAAAGUCUAUAUCAAUAUAAAGCAUGAGUUCUCACACUUCGGGCAAACAAUUAAGCGAUCGACUGAUGGAUACGUUGGAGGACUCGAUGGCCAAAAUGUUUGCCACGGAUUACGUCCAGAAGAUACUAAUGACCGGAGAAAUGAGUGAUGAGAACAUACGGUACGCAAAGGUAUACUGGAAGCGAUCUAAAGAGUUGGCUUUGGUGGCAAUUGAAUUGCUGAAACGGGCCUACAGUGUGGCAACCAAUGAAGGCGAUCGUAAAAUCGUGGAUCAAUGGGUGAAGACAGUGCCCGAAGAGUUGGCCGCAUAUUAUCAACGCUUUGAGCAGAAAUUGGGUGGCAUUGGAUCCGAUGUGAAGAUACAGGCAAUAGACGAGACAAUGAUUGACUACACGCUAAUGCAUAAUCGGGAAAUGAAGCGUGGUUCAUUUGUGAGAAUGAUGGUCACCCAAUUGGUGGGCAAUUGGCACGUAUUACGGGUGCACCAGUAUUUGAAACGCCAGCCUCUCUACCGACCCAACCCUAUGGUUACUUAUUUUUUGUUUACAGAAUUUCCAAUUGAAACUUAUGUGAGUUUAUUGAAAAAUAUGAUCGAUUCAAACGGUGGCCAAAUAUCGCCGCCCGAAGAGCUAGAGCUGAUCCAAUUGGCCAAAGAGACGAUGGAUUUGGAUAUGAAAAUUCAUUUAAAUCUAUAA